AUGCAGCUAGCUCUGAGUAAAACAUUUGGUCAGAAACCAGUUAAAUUCCAGCUGGAAGAAGAUGGAGACUUCUAUAUGGUUGGAUCAGAGGUUGGAAACUACCUGCGGAUGUUCAGAGGCUCUCUUUAUAAAAGAUAUCCCUCGUUAUGGAGGAGGUUGGCCUCGGUGGAGGAGAGGAAGAAGAUCAUGGCUUCGUCACACGCCACCAGUGUGACCCUGCUUAAAGCCUCCGAGUGUGAGGAGAUCUUUGACGGGAACGAUGAGAAGUACAAGGCGGUGUCCAUCAGCACGGAGCCUCCAGCGUACCUCAGGGAGCAGAAAGCCAAACGCAGCAGCCAGUGGGUUCCUACCUUACCCAACAGCUCCCACCACCUGGACGCCGUUCCUUCUUCCACCUCCAUCAACAGGAACCGAAUCGGCCGCGACAAGAAAAGGACGUUCCCUCUGUGCUUUGAUGAUCACGACCCGGCAGUGAUCCACGAAAACGCAGCCCAGGCAGAGGCUCUGGUUCCCAUCCGACUGGACAUGGAGAUCGACGGACAGAAACUGAGAGACGCCUUCACCUGGAACAUGAACGAGAAGCUGAUGACUCCGGAGAUGUUUGCAGAGAUCCUCUGUGACGACCUGGACCUGAACCCUCUGACCUUUGUCCCGGCCGUGGCCUCGGCCAUCCGGCAGCAGAUCGAGUCUUAUCCCACCGACAGCAUCCUGGAGGAGCAGGCGGACCAGAGAGUCAUCAUCAAGCUGAACAUCCAUGUGGGGAACAUCUCUCUGGUGGACCAGUUUGAGUGGGACAUGUCUGAGAAGGAGAACUCGCCGGAGUCGUUCGCCCUGAAGCUGUGCUCUGAGCUGGGUCUGGGAGGAGAGUUCGUCACCACCAUCGCUUACAGCAUCCGAGGUCAGCUGAGCUGGCACCAGCGGACCUACGCAUUCAGUGAGAACCAUCUCCCCACGAUAGAGAUAGCCAUCAGAAACACAGGAGAGGCUGACCAGUGGUGCCCCCUGCUGGAGACCCUCACAGAUGCAGAAAUGGAGAAGAAGAUUCGAGACCAAGACAGAAACACCAGGCGACUGCGACGACUGGCCAACACCGCCCCCUCCUUGUAGAACAGGACUGCUUCAGGUGAAGCAGACCUCUGUUUCUACCCUGGAUCAACCCUACACUAUGAGCAGAGACAGCCGGGACAAACCUCAUCGACUGAAGUCUGCAGACGCAUCCAGACGUUCCUCUGCAGUUCAUCAGCCAUGUAGCAGCUCAGUUAGUUUGUUCUGAACAAUUUCUGUUGCAGACAUACCUGCUUUCACUUUAAAAGAGGAUUUUUUUGGCCACCAAAAUCAGCUCCAAUGUUCCAGAUCUUUUAAGUUUCUCUUGAGAAUUCAGUCCAGCUCUGAGUCUGGAUCAGAAGGUCAGCAGGUAACUUAAGGUUCACCGUAAAGCUGCUCCUACUCCGGGAUGUAUUACCAUGGCAACUGAUGCUGGAAACUUGCUCAAAGUUUGAGCCUGUAGCGCAUUUAGAUGAAUUAAUGUUGUGACCCGGGAUGGAACAUUUGUGUGGAUAUAAGCUAAACUUGUGUUUUAAAAAAGAUUCCAGGAUUCACUCUACUUCCUGCAGGUCAGCAAAGAGGAAAACAGGAAAAACUCUCAACAUAAAUCCUCCAAAUAUUCCUGCAUAAUGUGCUCCAGAGGCUGGACAUGUCGGCAGGUAAAACGAUGUGGCCUAAGAAGCCGGGUUCGGCUCGGUUCUGAUAGGAGUCCUUUUGUUUUCACAGUCCUGACAGGAACAGCAGAUGGUCUCAGUAUUAGGGAAACUAUGUUCAUUUUGUCACUUCUUUUGUAAAUUGUCUGACCUUUAUAGUAACUGUUUUUAUAUGAAAAUAAUAAAAAAAAUCUCCUAAAAAGAGUA